ACCCCCUUCCCUCCUUGCUUACUUACACAAAUAAGAACCAUAAAAACAUGAGCAAAAUGAAACCCUAUAUUUUCUCCUUCAUCAUCUUCUCACUUUUCUUAUCAUUGUCCUUUGCCGCGGAAUGUGGUAAACAAGCCGGAGGAGCGAUCUGCCUCAACGGUCUAUGCUGCAGCAAGUACGGCUAUUGUGGUGACAACGAACUAUAUUGUGAGCUGCCUGAAUGCCAAAGCAAUUGCUGGCCCGACGUUAGCGGUAAUCUUUCGGACACCAUUUCAAAAGCUCAGUUCGAAGAUAUGCUUCUCCAUAGGAACAAUUAUCUAUGUCCGGCUAAAGGUUUCUACACUUACGACGCCUUUAUCACUGCUGCAAAGUCCUUCCCUGACUUUGGCACUACGGGUGACACAGCCGCAAGGAAGAAGGAGGUCGCUGCCUUCUUCGGCCAGACAUCCCACGAAACCACAGGGAGAGCGCCGGACGGACCAUAUUCAUGGGGAUACUGUUACAAGGAACAAUUGGAUCCUCCUUCAACCUACUGUGAUCAGAGACAGUCUUACACGUGGCCAUGCGCAUAUAAUGCAAGCUACUACGGAAGAGGACCGAUGCAGCUGCUGUGGAACUACAAUUACGGUCAAUGCGGGAGAGACAUAGGAGUUGACUUACUCAGCAACCCAAACAUUGUGGCCAACGAUGCAGUGAUCGCUUUCAAAACCGCGAUUUGGUUCUGGAUGACUCCUCAGUAUCCCAAACCGUCGUGCCACGCGGUGAUCACCGACCAGUGGCAGCCUUCUUACGCCGACCGUGCCGCGGGUAGGCUUCCGGGAUAUGGAUUGCUUACGAAUAUUAUUAACGGUGGAUAUGAGUGUGGAAUUGACCAAGACCCGAAUGUUAAGGAUCGUAUAAACUAUUAUGAGACGUACUGUAACAUGUUUGGUGUUGAUCCUGGAGAAAAUCUCGAUUGCUACAAGCAACAGCCCUUUGGUUACAACGUCUUACUUGAUGCUGCUUCUUAAGGAUCGGAGGAUAAUGAUAAUGCAGCUUUGUAUCCGAACAGUAAGGGAAUAUCAAACUAAAUAAGACUCUUUUAUAUAAAGUUAUAGCUUUGUAUCCAAAGGGGAAUAUCAAACUAAAUAAAUCUC